AUUAAUAUUUGUCGGCGCAGGUCUCUACUUCAAGGCCAUUGCAGUGAAAGAAUAAAAACAUAUUUGUUUAUAUUGUUGUACUGUGUUGUGUAUAUGUUUUUGUAGUUGAAAAAUUUUAAAUAAUUUUAACACAGAUUUCUUUCUAUUCUUUAUACAACUAUUAGCAAUUAACUAGUACUAAUGGAUUUUAGUGAUUUUCUAGUUCGGAAGUGCCCUCCAACUGUUAUGUACAUCCCAAAUUUUAUAACGUCUGAGGAAGAGCAGCGUAUAUUGUCAUAUAUCGAGAAAACUCCAAAACCUAAAUGGACUCAACUCCUGAAUCGCCGCCUAGUCAAUUACGGUGGUAUACCACACCCCAAAGGUAUGCUUGCCGAAGAAAUUCCCGAAUGGUUGCAGACAUACGUUGAUAAAAUCAAUAAUCUUAGUAUUUUUGAAACACAAAAGGCAAACCAUGUUUUGGUUAAUGAAUAUCGACCAGGUCAAGGUAUAAUGCCUCACACGGAUGGCCCACUCUUUUAUCCCACCAUAUCAACAAUAUCUUGUGGAUCUCAUACAGUUUUGGAAUUCACUAAACGAGAGACAUCCGAUGAUACAGAAAUGAAAGAGGAUACAGGAACAUCUUUGAGGCGGGAGGUUUUGUUUAAAUUGAUACUGGAACCUCGCAGUCUAUUGAUAUUAAAGGAUACACUUUAUCACAACUAUUUGCAUUCGAUUAGUGAAUUAGAGCAAGAUGUUCUAUGUGAUCGCAUUUUUAACUAUGAAAACUGUGAGACCACGUACAAAAUGGGAGAUUGUUUGAAACGGGGCACUCGUAUAUCUCUAACAAUACGAAAUGUACCUAAAACUACAAAAAUGAAGUUGAAAUUUUAAUACAUAAUCUGAAAUUGGGUAAUAACUAACAAACAAGUUAGAAUGAAUUGAAGAAAGAACUACCUAAAUAUAUCAUUAGCAUUUAAGUGCGUUAACCUAUCUGUGUUACCAAAAAGUCUUUCCUUGUUUGUCACUUUCGCAUUGCAUUUGCUUUUGCUCAAUUGCUAAAUCUUUCAAACUUCCAUGGCAUUCAAAAACUACUGUUUAGUCCUAAUCUAAAAUCAUUUGUUGAAUUCAAUUCAAUAUUUGAACUGUUAUCCUAUCCUUUUUUGUUCAACUAAUGCAUUUAAUGUAUUUCUUUUUUAUUAUAAAAUUAUUAAAUCAAUGAGCAAUUAAAUUUUAAUUUAAGUUGCACCACCACUGAGCAUGUUGACCACCGUAACGUACCUUUAUUAUAAUAUUAAAAAUUAAGUCCUAAGGAAUUUAUUGUAAAAUAAGAAGAGUUCGUUUUUGGAAUAAUUUAUUUGUUUGUUUUUAUAAUACCUUUUGAUCGAUUUACAAAUUAUUUGCAGGAUAAUGAUUAAAAUAUACUUAAAAAGUGUUAUGCUAAACAAUAAAUAGAUUUUAUUGUUUAAAUGCCUCAUAA